AUGCGGCAGUACGGCCAGUCGGUCGAGAUUAGCGGCCUGCACUACCUCGUCGUCUCCGCGGCCGAGAUUGCGGGCUCCCAGCUCGGGGGCUACAUAAUAGAUCACGUCUACCGGCGACGUCAGAAGCGAGGCGCUCACGUGCCCGAGUCUCGUCUGCCGUACAUGAUUCCAUUUUUGGUCCUCGGAGGCGGCGGCAUGCUCAUGUAUGGCUGGGCUGCCCAGUACAAGCUGCACUGGGCAGUUGUCGACGUCGGUGUCUUCAUCAUGCUGUUCGGGCAGCAGCUCAGUGGUAUUCCUAUCAGCGCCUACCUUAUCGACUCAUACGGAGACCAUGUGAGCAGCGCCAUGGGUGCAACACAGUUUCCCAGGAGCCUCGCAGCCUUUCUCUUCCCGCUUUUCGCACCAUCAAUGUAUCGUGUGCUCGGAUACGGAUGGUCAAACACAAUCCUGUCUCUGGGUUAUUUGGUCAUCAGCGUUCCACUGACGCUGCUGUUGUGGAAGUAUGGAGCUGGCCUUCGACAGCGCGCAGGCUCGUCAUACUGA